UUGAGGCGUUUCCUGACAGCAUGAUCAGUAAGCGAAGCGCAGCUACUACAGGGUUGCAUGCCUGAGCUUCACAUGGCGAGCUUCCGCUGCGAGAUGCCCGAAUCGGGUAUUUCACAUAUUCUGCUUCGAGCUUCGGCUCUAUGCUGAUUAGACAGCUCGUUCUAGGUAUAUGGAUGAUGGACGGCAUGUGGGCGGAGAAGAAUGGCUUCUCGUAUGAAGCUGCAGUUCUCGUGCUGGAUGCGUAUAAAAGCAUGAGCCCACCUCGAAAGUCGACUGAGGCGCAUACAGCAUCAAGCAACUGUUAUACCAGAGAUUUGAGCGAUUUCAGUCAAUACUAGCAACAAAAUGCCGCUUCCCGGAGAUCAAGCCACCGUUGAGACCGCCGGCAAUUUGGUCAAGACUCUGCAUGGAGCUUUCGGUGAGCAUUCAGGCUACAGACCAGCGCACGCAAAGGGUAGGCUUGUCACCGGGUCUUUCACUCCCACGGCAGAUGCCGCUUCCCUUUCCAGUGCACCGCACUUCAACAAUGCAUCCACUCCGGUAAUCGUCCGCUUCUCUGCUUCAACGGGUCUUCCAGACAUCCCGGACACCGAUGCCAAUGCUAUGCCACGAGGCUUUGCCAUCCGCUUCAACCUCGGCAACAACGGGCAUAAGCAUACGGACAUCGUCGCACAUUCCGUCAAAGCGUUCCCCGUCAGAACCGGCGAAGAGUUUCUGGCCAUGCUGAACGCCAUCGGCAGUGGAUCGAUUGGGGAGUUUCUCCAGAAGAAUCCGUCCGCAGCGUACUUUGUCAAGGCACCGAAGCCGGCUCCUGUAAGCGUCGCGACGGAACGCUACCACGCUCUCAACGCCUUCAAACUCGUCUCCAAAGACGGCAAGGGGACAUUCGUGCGUUACAGCAUCGACCCUGUGGCAGGCUGCGAGUUUUUGUCGGGCACCGAACUUGCCAACAAGCCCAAAAAUUAUCUUACCGAGGAACUCGCCGAGCGCCUGUCAAAUGGCGGUAUCGGGUAUAAACUCGUUGCCGAGCUCGCUGAGGAGGGCGACCCUACGGACGAUGUGACCAAGCAUUGGCCGGAAAGCAGGAAGAAGGUGGAGCUUGGUACCAUCCAACUCGACAAGCUCAUGCCCGAGACGGAGAGCUUGAAGCAGCAGAAGCACAUCAUCUUUGAUCCAAUCCCAAGGGUUGAAGGUGUUGAGGUAAGCGACGAUCCACUGCUGGACAUGCGGGCUGCGGUGUACCUGAUUAGUGGAAAGGAGAGGAGGGCUGCUCCGGAGGUUACGAUGGCUACUGUCACUUGAUCUGUGUGUCAUUAGCUGGACGCUUGGGGUAAUCUUUUGUACAUGUUGUCGGUAUGCUUCUUGUGGACAGUCGAACACGAUAUCUUGAAAGUAGCACAAUCUCAUAAUCAAGAACGUACAGUCUAGGGAAUCAAUCGAGCCCGAUGAACAACUGCCUUGUGCAUUACCGUAUGCCAGUGAUGCAUCGAUGUCUCCACCUGUGAUACGACCGUCGAAUCGUAUGAGUAUCGGCUGUGGUCAGAAGAAGAGACGGAUACCCAAGAUGUAAGUGACAGUCGGAAUAUACAUUUCUCACCACGUCCAGGUUCCUAGGACCGUAGCCGAGCGGUUUCGCUGCUGAGAAGGCUAAUGGGCCCAAGCGCU